AUGGGGAGACGGCGGCGGCUGUGUCUCCAGCCCUACUUCGUGUGGCUGGGCUGCGUGGCGCUCUGGGCGCAGGGCACGGCCGGCCAGCCCCAGCCCCCGCCGCCCAAGCCGCCCCGGCCCCAGUCGCCGCCGCAACAGGUCAGGCCCGCAGCGGCGGGCUCUGAAGGCGGGUUCGCAGUGCCCGAGUACCGGGAGGAGGGCGUCGCGGCGGCCAGCCGCGUCCGCAGGCGAGGACAGCAGGACGUGCUCCGAGGGCCCAACGUAUGCGGAUCCAGGUUCCACUCCUACUGCUGCCCGGGAUGGAAGACGCUCCCUGGAGGAAACCAAUGCAUUGUCCCAAUUUGUAGAAAUAGUUGUGGAGAUGGAUUUUGUUCCCGUCCUAACAUGUGUACUUGUUCCAGCGGCCAAAUAUCACCAACCUGUGGAUCAAAAUCAAUUCAGCAGUGCAGCGUUAGGUGCAUGAACGGUGGGACCUGUGCAGAUGACCAUUGCCAGUGCCAGAAAGGAUAUAUUGGAACUUAUUGUGGACAACCCGUCUGCGAAAAUGGAUGUCAGAAUGGUGGACGUUGUAUUGGACCCAACCGCUGUGCUUGUGUUUAUGGAUUCACUGGUCCACAGUGUGAAAGAGAUUACAGGACAGGCCCAUGUUUCACUCAGGUCAACAACCAGAUGUGCCAAGGGCAGCUGACAGGCAUUGUCUGCACAAAGACUCUGUGCUGUGCCACCAUUGGACGGGCCUGGGGCCACCCCUGUGAGAUGUGUCCCGCCCAGCCUCAGCCCUGCCGGCGGGGCUUCAUCCCCAACAUCCGCACUGGAGCUUGCCAAGAUGUUGAUGAAUGCCAGGCUAUUCCUGGAAUAUGCCAGGGAGGAAACUGCAUCAAUACAGUGGGCUCUUUUGAAUGCAAAUGUCCUGCUGGUCACAAGCAGAGUGAAACUACUCAGAAAUGUGAAGACGUUGAUGAGUGCAGCAUCAUUCCUGGGAUAUGUGAAACUGGCGAAUGUUCCAACACCGUGGGAAGCUAUUUUUGCGUUUGUCCACGUGGAUAUGUAACCUCAACAGAUGGCUCUCGGUGCAUCGAUCAGAGAACAGGCACAUGUUUCUCCGGCCUGGUGAAUGGUCGCUGUGCACAAGAGCUUCCGGGCAGAAUGACGAAAAUGCAAUGCUGCUGUGAGCCCGGCCGCUGCUGGGGUGUUGGAACCAUUCCUGAAGCCUGUCCCAUCAGAGGCUCUGAGGAAUAUCGCAGACUUUGCAUGGAUGGACUUCCAAUAGGAGGGAUUCCAGGGAGUGCUGGUUCCAGACCUGGAGGCACUGGGGGGAGUGGCUUUGCUCCAAGUGGCAAUGGCAAUGGCUAUGGCCCAGGAGGGACAGGCUUCAUUCCCAUUCCUGGAGGCAAUGGCUUUUCUCCUGGCGUUGGGGGAGCCGGUGUAGGGGCCGGGGGACAGGGGCCCAUCAUCACUGGACUAACUAUUCUGAACCAGACAAUAGAUAUAUGUAAGCACCAUGCUAAUCUCUGUUUAAAUGGACGCUGCAUACCUACUGUUUCUAGCUACCGAUGUGAAUGCAACAUGGGUUACAAGCAGGAUGCAAAUGGGGAUUGCAUAGAUGUUGAUGAAUGCACAUCGAAUCCCUGCACUAAUGGAGAUUGUGUUAACACACCUGGAUCCUAUUAUUGUAAAUGUCAUGCUGGAUUCCAGAGGACUCCCACCAAGCAAGCAUGCAUUGACAUUGAUGAAUGCAUCCAGAAUGGGGUUCUUUGUAAGAAUGGUCGAUGUGUGAACACAGAUGGAAGUUUCCAGUGCAUUUGCAAUGCUGGCUUUGAAUUAACUACAGAUGGAAAAAACUGUGUUGAUCAUGAUGAAUGUACAACUACCAACAUGUGUUUGAAUGGGAUGUGCAUUAAUGAAGAUGGCAGCUUCAAGUGCAUCUGCAAACCAGGAUUUGUCUUGGCUCCAAAUGGGCGUUACUGCACUGAUAUUGAUGAGUGCCAGACCCCAGGAAUCUGCAUGAAUGGGCAUUGCAUCAACAAUGAAGGGUCCUUCCGCUGUGACUGUCCCCCAGGCCUGGCUGUGGGUGUGGACGGACGCGUGUGUGUUGAUACUCACAUGCGCAGUACAUGCUAUGGUGGAAUCAAGAAGGGAGUGUGUGUCCGUCCUUUCCCUGGCGCAGUGACCAAGUCUGAAUGCUGCUGUGCCAAUCCAGACUAUGGUUUUGGAGAGCCCUGCCAGCCAUGCCCUGCUAAAAAUUCAGCUGAAUUCCACGGUCUUUGUAGUAGUGGAGUAGGUAUCACUGUGGAUGGAAGAGAUAUCAAUGAGUGUGCUCUGGAUCCUGAUAUAUGUGCCAAUGGAAUUUGUGAAAAUUUACGUGGUAGUUACCGUUGUAAUUGCAACAGUGGCUAUGAGCCAGAUGCCUCUGGAAGAAACUGUAUUGAUAUUGAUGAGUGCCUGGUAAACAGACUGCUUUGUGACAAUGGCCUAUGCCGAAACACACCUGGGAGCUACAGCUGCACCUGCCCACCUGGCUAUGUGUUCAGGACUGAGACAGAGACGUGUGAAGAUAUAAAUGAAUGUGAAAGCAACCCAUGUGUCAAUGGGGCCUGCAGGAACAACCUUGGAUCUUUCAAUUGUGAAUGUUCUCCUGGCAGCAAACUCAGCUCUACAGGAUUGAUCUGUAUUGACAGCCUGAAAGGGACGUGUUGGCUCAACAUCCAGGACAACCGCUGUGAGGUGAACAUCAACGGAGCCACUCUGAAAUCCGAAUGCUGUGCCACCCUCGGGGCCGCCUGGGGGAGCCCCUGUGAGCGGUGUGAACUAGAUACAGCUUGCCCAAGAGGGUUUGCCAGGAUUAAAGGUGUUACUUGUGAAGACGUUAAUGAGUGUGAGGUGUUUCCUGGCGUUUGCCCAAAUGGACGCUGUGUCAACAGCAAAGGAUCUUUUCACUGUGAGUGCCCUGAAGGCCUUACGUUGGAUGGAACUGGCCGUGUGUGUUUGGACAUCCGCAUGGAGCAGUGUUACUUGAAGUGGGAUGAAGAUGAAUGCAUCCAUCCUGUUCCUGGGAAGUUCCGCAUGGAUGCCUGCUGCUGUGCAGUCGGGGCAGCUUGGGGCACUGAGUGUGAGGAGUGCCCCAAACCUGGCACCAAGGAGUACGAGACCCUGUGCCCCCGGGGGCCUGGCUUUGCUAACAGAGGGGACGUUCUUACUGGGAGGCCAUUUUACAAAGAUAUCAAUGAAUGCAAAGCAUUCCCUGGGAUGUGCACGUAUGGAAAGUGCAGGAAUACAAUUGGAAGUUUCAAGUGCCGUUGCAAUAGUGGCUUUGCUCUAGACUUGGAGGAAAGAAACUGCACAGACAUUGACGAGUGCAGGAUUUCUCCUGACCUCUGUGGGAGUGGGAUCUGUGUCAACACGCCGGGCAGCUUUGAGUGUGAGUGCUUCGAAGGCUACGAGAGCGGGUUCAUGAUGAUGAAGAACUGCAUGGACAUUGACGAAUGUGAACGUAACCCUCUCCUUUGUAGGGGUGGCACCUGUGUGAACACUGAGGGCAGCUUUCAGUGUGACUGCCCACUGGGACACGAGCUGUCACCAUCACGUGAGGACUGUGUGGAUAUUAAUGAAUGCUCCCUGAGUGACAAUCUCUGUAGAAAUGGAAAAUGUGUAAACAUGAUCGGAACUUAUCAGUGCUCCUGCAAUCCUGGGUACCAGGCCACGCCAGACCGGCAGGGCUGUACAGAUAUUGAUGAAUGUAUGAUAAUGAACGGAGGCUGUGACACCCAAUGCACUAAUGCAGAAGGAAGCUAUGAAUGUAGCUGCAGUGAAGGUUAUGCCCUGAUGCCAGAUGGGAGGUCGUGCGCAGAUAUCGAUGAAUGUGAAAAUAAUCCUGAUAUCUGUGAUGGUGGGCAGUGUACCAACAUUCCUGGAGAGUAUCGCUGUCUGUGUUACGAUGGCUUCAUGGCUUCAAUGGACAUGAAAACAUGCAUUGAUGUGAAUGAAUGUGACUUAAAUUCAAACAUCUGCAUGUUUGGGGAAUGUGAGAACACCAAGGGGUCCUUCAUUUGCCACUGUCAGCUGGGGUAUUCAGUAAAGAAGGGGACCACAGGAUGCACAGAUGUGGAUGAGUGUGAAAUUGGUGCCCACAACUGUGACAUGCAUGCCUCAUGUCUAAACGUCCCAGGAAGCUUCAAAUGUAGCUGCAGAGAAGGCUGGGUUGGAAAUGGCAUCAAAUGUAUUGAUCUGGACGAAUGUUCUAAUGGAACCCACCAGUGCAGCAUAAAUGCUCAGUGUGUCAAUACCCCGGGCUCCUACCGCUGUGCCUGCUCCGAAGGGUUCACUGGAGAUGGAUUUACCUGCUCAGAUGUUGAUGAGUGUGCAGAAAACAUAAAUCUCUGUGAGAAUGGACAAUGCCUCAACGUCCCGGGUGCAUAUCGCUGCGAGUGUGAGAUGGGCUUCACUCCAGCCUCAGACAGCAGAUCCUGCCAAGAUAUCGAUGAAUGCUCCUUCCAAAAUAUUUGUGUCUUUGGAACAUGUAAUAAUUUGCCUGGAAUGUUUCAUUGUAUCUGUGAUGAUGGUUACGAAUUGGACAGAACCGGAGGGAACUGUACAGAUAUUGAUGAAUGUGCAGAUCCAAUAAACUGUGUGAACGGCCUAUGUGUCAACACUCCUGGUCGCUAUGAGUGUAACUGUCCACCCGAUUUCCAGCUGAACCCCACCGGUGUGGGUUGUGUUGACAAUCGCGUGGGCAACUGUUACCUGAAGUUCGGUCCUCGGGGCGACGGGAGUCUCUCCUGCAACACUGAGAUUGGGGUGGGCGUCAGCCGCUCGUCCUGCUGCUGCUCUCUGGGGAAGGCCUGGGGGAACCCCUGCGAGACCUGCCCCCCUGUCAACAGCACUGAAUAUUACACUUUGUGUCCUGGAGGUGAAGGCUUCAGACCUAACCCCAUCACAAUCAUCUUAGAAGAUAUUGAUGAAUGCCAGGAGUUACCAGGUCUCUGCCAGGGUGGAAACUGUAUCAACACUUUCGGGAGCUUCCAGUGUGAGUGCCCUCAAGGCUACUACCUCAGUGAGGAAACCCGCAUUUGUGAAGAUAUUGAUGAGUGUUUUGCACAUCCUGGUGUGUGUGGACCUGGGACUUGCUACAACACCCUGGGAAAUUACACCUGCAUUUGCCCACCUGAAUACAUGCAGGUCAAUGGAGGCCACAACUGUAUGGACAUGAGAAAAAGCUUCUGCUACCGAAGCUAUAAUGGAACCACUUGUGAGAAUGAGUUGCCUUUUAAUGUGACAAAGAGGAUGUGCUGCUGCACAUACAAUGUGGGCAAAGCCUGGAACAAACCUUGUGAGCCAUGCCCAACGCCAGGAACGGCUGACUUUAAAACCAUAUGUGGAAAUAUUCCUGGAUUCACCUUUGACAUUCACACUGGAAAAGCUGUUGACAUUGAUGAAUGUAAAGAGAUUCCAGGCAUUUGUGCAAAUGGUGUGUGUAUUAACCAGAUUGGCAGUUUCCGCUGUGAAUGCCCUACGGGAUUCAGCUACAAUGACCUGCUCCUGGUCUGUGAAGAUAUUGAUGAGUGCAGCAACGGUGAUAACCUCUGCCAGCGAAAUGCCGACUGCAUCAACAGUCCCGGCAGCUACCGCUGCGAGUGUGCUGCAGGUUUCAAACUUUCACCCAAUGGAGCCUGUGUAGAUCGCAACGAAUGUUUAGAAAUUCCUAAUGUUUGCAGUCAUGGCCUGUGUGUGGAUUUACAAGGAAGUUACCAGUGUAUCUGCCACAAUGGCUUUAAGGCUUCUCAGGACCAGACGAUGUGCAUGGAUGUUGAUGAAUGUGAGCGGCAUCCAUGUGGAAAUGGAACUUGUAAAAACACCGUUGGAUCCUAUAACUGUCUCUGCUACCCAGGCUUUGAACUCACUCAUAAUAAUGAUUGCCUGGACGUAGAUGAGUGCAGUUCCUUUUUUGGUCAGGUGUGCAGAAAUGGACGGUGUUUUAAUGAAAUUGGCUCCUUCAAGUGUUUAUGUAAUGAAGGCUAUGAACUUACUCCAGAUGGCAAGAACUGUAUAGAUACUAAUGAGUGUGUUGCCCUUCCUGGCUCUUGCUCUCCUGGCACCUGUCAGAAUUUGGAGGGAUCCUUCAGAUGCAUCUGUCCCCCAGGGUAUGAAGUAAAAAGCGAGAAUUGCAUCGAUAUAAAUGAAUGUGAUGAAGAUCCCAACAUCUGUCUUUUUGGUUCCUGCACCAAUACUCCUGGGGGCUUCCAGUGCAUCUGUCCCCCUGGUUUUGUGUUGUCUGAUAAUGGACGGAGAUGCUUCGAUACUCGCCAGAGCUUCUGUUUCACAAACUUUGAAAAUGGAAAGUGUUCCGUACCCAAAGCUUUCAAUACCACAAAGGCGAAAUGCUGCUGUAGUAAGAUGCCAGGAGAGGGCUGGGGGGACCCCUGUGAGCUGUGCCCCAAAGAUGAUGAAGUGGCGUUCCAGGAUUUGUGUCCCUAUGGCCAUGGAACUGUUCCUAGUCUUCAUGAUACCCGUGAAGAUGUCAAUGAAUGUCUUGAGAGCCCUGGCAUUUGUUCAAAUGGUCAGUGUAUCAACACAGAUGGAUCUUUUCGCUGUGAAUGUCCAAUGGGUUACAACCUUGAUUACACUGGAGUACGCUGUGUGGAUACCGAUGAAUGUUCAAUUGGCAAUCCCUGUGGAAAUGGGACGUGCACCAAUGUUAUUGGGAGUUUUGAAUGCAACUGCAACGAAGGCUUCGAGCCAGGGCCCAUGAUGAAUUGUGAAGAUAUCAAUGAGUGUGCCCAGAACCCACUGCUGUGUGCUUUCCGCUGCAUGAACACCUUCGGGUCCUACGAAUGCACAUGCCCGAUUGGCUAUGCCCUCAGGGAAGACCAGAAGAUGUGCAAAGACCUGGAUGAAUGUGCUGAAGGGCUACAUGACUGUGAAUCUAGGGGCAUGAUGUGUAAGAAUCUGAUUGGUACCUUCAUGUGCAUCUGCCCGCCUGGGAUGACCCGAAGGCCUGACGGAGAAGGCUGUGUAGAUGAAAAUGAAUGCAGGACCAAGCCAGGAAUCUGUGAAAACGGGCGUUGCGUUAACACUAUUGGGAGCUAUAGGUGCGAGUGUAAUGAAGGCUUUCAGUCAAGCUCUUCAGGCACUGAAUGCCUUGACAAUCGACAGGGACUCUGCUUUGCAGAGGUAUUGCAGACCAUGUGUCAGAUGGCAUCCAGCAGCCGUAACCUUGUCACAAAGUCAGAAUGCUGCUGCGAUGGGGGGCGAGGCUGGGGUCACCAGUGUGAGCUCUGCCCACUUCCUGGAACUGCCCAGUACAAAAAGAUAUGUCCUCAUGGCCCAGGAUAUACCACUGAUGGAAGAGAUAUUGAUGAAUGCAAAGUUAUGCCGAAUCUCUGCACCAAUGGUCAGUGCAUCAAUACCAUGGGCUCCUUCCGAUGCUUCUGCAAGGUUGGCUACACCACGGACAUCAGCGGAACCUCGUGUGUAGAUCUUGAUGAAUGUUCGCAGUCCCCAAAACCCUGCAACUUCAUCUGCAAGAACACCGAGGGGAGUUACCAGUGCUCCUGUCCUCGGGGCUAUGUCCUACAGGAGGACGGAAAGACAUGCAAAGACCUUGAUGAAUGUCAAACCAAACAGCACAACUGCCAGUUCCUCUGUGUCAACACUCUGGGAGGUUUUACCUGUAAAUGUCCACCUGGUUUCACACAACAUCACACUGCUUGUAUUGACAACAAUGAAUGUGGGUCUCAGCCUUCACUUUGUGGAGCAAAAGGAAUCUGUCAAAACACCCCUGGAAGUUUCAGCUGCGAAUGUCAAAGAGGGUUCUCUCUUGAUGCCACGGGACUGAACUGUGAAGAUGUUGAUGAAUGUGAUGGAAACCAUAGGUGCCAGCAUGGCUGCCAGAACAUCCUGGGAGGCUACAGGUGUGGCUGCCCUCAAGGAUAUAUUCAGCAUUACCAGUGGAAUCAGUGUGUCGAUGAGAAUGAGUGCUCCAAUCCAAAUGCCUGUGGCUCUGCUUCCUGCUACAACACCCUGGGGAGCUACAAGUGCGCCUGCCCCUCUGGGUUCUCCUUCGACCAGUUCUCCAGUGCCUGCCACGACGUGAACGAGUGCUCGUCUUCCAAGAACCCGUGCAAUUACGGCUGCUCCAACACGGAAGGGGGCUACCUCUGCGGCUGCCCACCUGGCUACUACAGAGUGGGACAGGGCCACUGUGUCUCAGGAAUGGGAUUUAACAAAGGGCAGUACCUGUCGGUGGAUGCAGAAAUGGAUGAAGAGAACGCUCUGUCCCCGGAAGCAUGCUAUGAGUGCAAAAUCAACGGCUACUCUAAGAAAGACAGCAGACAGAAGAGAAGUCUUUAUGAACCCAAACCCACUGCUGUUGAACAGAUCAGCCUGGAGAGUGUCGACAUGGACAGCCCCGUGAAAAUGAAGUUCAACCUUUCUGGCCUUGGCUCUAAGGAGCACAUCCUAGAACUCAUGCCCGCCAUUGAGCCACUCAACAACCACAUCCGCUAUGUCAUCUCCCACGGGAAUGACGAUGGCAUCUUCCGCAUCCACCAAAGGAAUGGGCUCAGCUACUUGCACACGGCCAAGAGGAAGCUCGUGCCUGGCACACACACACUGGAAAUCACUAGCAUCCCUCUCUACAAGAAAAAGGAGCUUAAGAAACUGGAAGACAGCAAUGAGGACGACUACCUCCUAGGGGAGCUCGGGGAGGCUCUCAGAAUGAGGCUGCAGAUUCAACUCUAUUAA